GAUUGAGCAACUCUGUGUGUGCGAGUGUGAAGAGAAACUCUGCCUUUUCUUUCUUCCUUUUUGUCUCCUGGUGCAUUUGUCUUCGUGCAGCUCAAUCUGGAGGUUGCAGGUUAGAUCAAAGGGAGAAAAAGAGAACAGAAGCAAAGGCGUUAUCUUCUUCAUGACUGUAAGGUAUAAUUAGAGACACCUUCCAUCUGUUACAGCAUGCAGACUCUUCACGCUCGUGCCAUGAAGGAGAUGUUUUUAAUGGCAUCGCUCGCGCUCCUCAGCCGCGUGCAUUCGACCGCCUUUUCUACCGAUUACGAGUACGUCUGGAACACGCGCGCCUACGAACAGAGUCGAUGUAUAGAAAUCCCCGAGGACCUGCGACUGUGCCACGGCAUCGGAUACCCGCGAAUGCUGCUGCCCAACCUGCUGGAGCACGACAGCGUGGCGGAGGUGAAGCAGCAGGCGAGCAGCUGGGUGCCGCUCGUGCACAGGAGGUGUCACCCGGGCACGCAGGUUUUCUUGUGCUCACUUUUUGCGUCGGUGUGUUUGGAGAAACCGGUUUAUCCUUGCCAGCAGCUCUGUGAGUCUGUGCGUGACGCCUGCAGCCCCAUCAUGGAGUCCUUUGGCUUCCUCUGGCCAGAAAUGUUCAAAUGUGACAGGUUUCCACACGAAGAAAACGACAUGUGCAUCAAUGGCAAUCUGACACACAAUCCUGAUGUGCCCGAACCAGUAGCUGCAUGUCCACAAUGUGACAUCGGGAUGAACACAGAUUUCAUUCUGGAGAACAUGUGCGCCAGUGAGUUCGCUAUCAAAGCAAAAGUAAAGAAAACAAAAACAGAGGAUAUGGAUAAGAAGGUGAUUCUCCAGAAGAAGAAGAAAACAGUGUGGAAUAAAAAUCUGAGCAAGUUGGAUACUAAGAAGCUGGUGUUGUACCUAAAGAACGGAGCUCUCUGUCCCUGUGAACAACUGGACAAUAAAAAGGAUCAUUAUCUAAUCAUGGUACGCAAAGUGGAAGAACGCUACUUGCUGACUGGCAUCCACAAGUGGGACGAAGAGCACUCAGAGUUCCAGAAACUUCUGAAGCAAAUCAAAACUCACAAAUGUUCUGCCCUCGAUCCAAUUUUUAAAUAAUUCAACCCAACAAAACAGUGACCCACGUAAUAACGAUCCUGUAGUGUACACGCUUUAGUAAUUUUGGGGCUCAAUCAGACCAGGGCCCGUACUCAUAAAGACUCUAAGAAUGAUCUGAGAGAGCUCCUAAUUGAUCAAAAAAAAAGGAAUCUUAUCUUAAGAGUGAUUCAGGACCAAUCUCAGAGCAACUCUGAGCAAAGGAAAAUACAACAACUUUUAUUUUACAGAGGAGGCGGGGCUUUACCCUGUUACUAGGUGAAACAUUGUUUUGAAGACUGUGAUUGGUUGUCCAAUAAAAA